AUGAUCUCAACCGACAUCGGCCGUGGUCAAGACGCAGUGCGCUCCAGCUCCCAUCCAGGAGCAGUUCAUCAGUUCCCCACACACCCACCUCCACCAGCAUCCAUCCAACGCCCCUGCGAUGCAUCAACGGCUGGCUCUGAAGAGUCAGCAUUGGGCCAUCGCGCCCCCAAGCCCGCACCCGUCUGCUCCUCCAUCUCGUCAAGACCGAUCUUGUGCAACUCCCGGGACGAAGCAAGACGCCCGAGUACGCGAUCGUCCGCGCAUUCGAACACAGCUUCGUCGGCCCACACGGCCACCUCAACGCCUUGGCGGCCAUCCUCUCCAAAAAAAACCGCUGCCGUUGACGGCAUCAGGGGGUCAGGAAAGGCACCCUGGCGCAGCCUCAUCAUGUCGCCGCCUGGUCAAUUCGGUGGCGCCAACCUGUAUGCACCCGCGGGGUGGCGCUACCGAGCACACGGGUCGCGCCCCAUUCGUCACGGGGUGUAUGCUGUAAUGGCACGCCUCAGGUGGCCGAACCUCGAGUUUUCCGAUUGCUCGCAGUAUGAAAAUGGCAUCAACUCAAAAUUCGUCAACUCUGGCAAACCGGAAACGGUGGCCGCAGCGGAAGUGCGAACUAUCCCGGACGGUGUGGGUGUGGUUGGAGUCAGGAAAUUCGACACCGCCAAGAAAGUUGCGACUCAGGUUUGGUACUUGUGCCCAAAACCGGAUUUCCCUGGAAUACACUGUGACGGAUGUGUUACUCUAUAG